AUGUACCGAAUUGUCGGAGUUAAUCGGUCGAGAAGGCAAAGCGACGAGAUGCUGUUCCGAGCGGCGAAGACGGUGGUAUGCUGCACUCUCGGGCCCAUCGUAUGGGGAUUGAUAUCGCUGAUCUUCCUCCUCCUCGUCGCCCUUGGAAUCACGGCACUUGUGCUCUACUUCGUGUACAAACCGCAGCUACCUGAGUGCGACGUGCAGAACGUGACAGUAAACAGACUGAACGUUACUCGCCUAACUUCGUUUCCCUUCAACGAAACGGCCUACGCAGCUCUAGCCACCAUGAGCGCCGCUGACAGAGCAGCCGCAUUGGGAAUCCCAGGAAACUACAGCGCCAACUCAACAGACCCAUCCUCGUUAUCAGCAUCUCCGUUAUUAGCAUCUCCGCUAGACGCUCUCGGGAACGCCACUGUGCCGCCGAGGCUCGGUCUGAAUGCUGACGUGGGAUUCACGCUGGAGACGCGGAAUCCGAACAAGGUCGCGAUUGACUAUAAAUACGUGAAUGUGUCGAUUAUCUAUCGAGGCGUGACUGUGGGAAACACGUCGAUUCCGCCAUUCACGCAGCAGGCGCAGACCAACACGAGUGUGCCAGCAGAGCUCCUAGUACUAGACUUCCCGCUCGAUAUAGUCACGGGGCCUGUCAUGCUGGCAGAUUUGAACGCUGGCAACGUUCCCCUACAGUUGCUGCUUCAACUAGGGGCAAGGAUCAACAUUCUAGGGGUGGCAUCUCCGUUUGCUCUGGUCGGUUUGUUAUGCGAUGUCACAGCUGAUCCAAUAACGAGGACAGUGAAAAGCACAAGUUGCUCAUUACAAAACGUUGGGUUCGCAUGA